AUGAAGGCCGUGUCGAACGGGUCCGCUGCAGGGGUGCCGCUGAUCAUUCUGCAGAUUGUCAUCGUCGUCGCCCUCACUCGGUUUCUUGCUUUCGUUCUUCGGCCUCUUCGUCAGCCUCGUGUUGUUGCCGAAAUCAUCGGAGGAAUACUUCUAGGCCCAUCAGCCAUCGGCCGAAGCUCCAAAUUCCUCAGUACAGUCUUCCCAGCCCGCAGCCUGACGGUCCUCGACACAGUCGCCAACAUCGGCCUCCUCUUCUUCCUCUUCCUGGUGGGCCUGGCUGUCGCGGGCAUCUCCCUUCCCUUCGUGAUGGGCAUUGGCACCUCCCUCGUCCUCCGCUCCACUGUUAACAAGGGCGUCCACUCCGGCCCCUUCCUCGUCUUUAUGGGCGUCUCUCUUUCUAUUACAGCUUUUCCAGUCUUGGCGCGUAUCUUGGCGGAGCUAAAGCUCCUCACCACUGACCGGCGCAUGGCAAUGUCGGCUGCUGCCGUCAACGACGUGGCCGCCUGGAUCCUCCUCGCCCUUGCCAUUGCGCUCUCCGGCGACGGUCCCAUCAUCACCCUCUGGGUCCUCCUCGCCGCGCUGCCUUCGUCGUCUUCGCCGCCCUUCGUCAUCCGCCCCACCCUCACCUGGAUGCCCAGCGGGCCCGAAGGUGAACCGUCAAAGAAGCCUACAUCUGCGCCGUCCCUCGUCAUCGUCCUCGCCGCAGGCUUCGUCACCGACACAAUCGGAAUCCAUGCAUUAUUCGGGUUCGUCGUGGGGAUCAUGGUCCCAAAGGACGGCCCGUUUGCAGGGCUGUUGAUAGAGAAUGAGGAUCUUGUGUCGGGGCUGUUUCUGCCACUUACUUCGUGUCCGAGCGGGCUGAAGACGAACGUGGCGACGAUCAGCGGCGGGCAGUCGUGGGGGCUGCUCGUGCUGGUGAUCAGCACGGCGUGCAUCGCGAAGAUUCUGGGGACAGUGGGGGUGGCGGUGGCUGUGAAGAUUCCCGUGAAAGAGGCGGUGACAUUGGGCGUGUUGAUGAAUACCAAGGGGCUCGUUGAGCUUAUUGUGCUCAAUAUCGGCAGAGAUCGUUCUCAACGAGAAACAUUUGCAAUCCUAGUCCUGAUGGCUCUCUUCACGACCUUCAUGACCACCCCAAUCGUGAUGGCCAUCUACAAGCCGGCCGGCGUCCGGGCCUCCUACAAGCCACGAAACCAUCGCCGGUCCGACUCCGACUCCGACACCGAGCUCCAGAAUCUCGCCUGCUUCCACGGCAGCCGCCACAUUCCAACCAUGAUCAUCGUCGAGUCGUGUCCGCGCACCAACCGCCGCCGCGGCCUCACCGUCUACGCCAUGCACCUCAUGGAGCUCUGCCGAGCGCCUCUCCGCAUCUCCAUGGUGCACAAGCCGCCCGCCCGCAACGGCCUCCCCUUCUUCAACACCAAGAAGCCCUCCGCACUCCGACAGAUCAUCGUUGCCUUCCAAGCCUAUCAACAGCUAAGCACGUUUGUCAUCCGUCCAAUGAUCGCCAUAUCCGACUUGCACACCAUCCAUGAGGAUGUCGUCGCCGCGCCCGCCUCCAAGCGCGCCGCGCUGAUCCUCCUCCCCUUCCACAAGCCCAGCAGGAAGAACAUCGACGGCUCGAUGGAGCGAUUCGGACGCGAUUAUCAGAACGUCAACAGCGCGGUGAUCCGCCACGCCCCGUGCCUCCGUGGCAUCCUCAUCGACCGUGCGCUCGGUGGAACUCGCAAGUCUUCCGCAAGCGAGGUCUCCUAUGCCGAUCAUCGUCUUAUUCUUUCGCCGGUGCCGACGACCGAGUAGGCGUUGGCGUACGCCGCCGCCAUCCGAGCCACCCCAGGCAUCGAGCUCACCGUCUACCGGUUCACCGCUGCCCCGCGCAAGUCGACUCGUCCGGGCCCGGCAGACGAGGAGUAUCUGAAUGUCUUUAAAGAGAAGGUGGUGGCGUCAAACGAGUCGAUCAAGUACGAGGAGAAGGCGGUCGGGGGCAAGGCGGACAUUGUGGCCGUGAUCAAGGGGAUUGGGAGGUGCAACUUGAUUUUGGUCGGUCAGGGGGCGCCGACGAUGAUGCUUGCGGAUCACCGGAGCGACAUUUGCCCGGAGCUCGGGCACGUCGGGAGUUUCCUCGGGACUUCGUUUGCGACGUCGGCGUCGGUUCUGGUUGUGAAGCAGUACGACCCGACGGUGGACCCGACGGAGGUGCUGGAGGACGGCCCUGCAGUGGAUUUGGAGCCGGACACUCCGAUGGCCGGCGAGCGGCCUAAACCCACUGGGUUUUAGAAUUGAAUGGGGUUUAAACCCUUAAUUAAUUUGUAUAUGUCUUUUUAUACAUGUUGCUGUAAUCAUAUUCUUUUCUGUACCCUUGAAAUCUGAAACAUAAAUAUUCCGAAUAUAGAAAAACUUUAAAUUACAUCA